AUGUUCUCAAACGAAAUAGCUCGCAUACGGAAACUUGGAUUACAGGGGCUCCUCUUCCAAGCGUUGAAUCUCUUGACGGUGGUAUCAUCAGGAUUGAUGAUGUGGAAAGGAUUAUGCCUUUUCACCAAUUCAGAAUCACCAAUAGUCGUCGUUCUUUCAGGAUCAAUGGAACCUGCUUUCUACAGAGGAGAUAUCUUGUUCUUGACUAAUCCAGCUGAAGUACCUUAUGAAAUUGGAGAUAUAACGAUUUAUAAGAUUCCCGGUCAGAACAUUCCUAUCGUACAUCGAGUGAUAGAAUCCCAUAUCACGAACACAACACAGUUCUUACUCACUAAAGGAGAUAAUAAUCCAGGUGAUGAUAUAACAUUGUAUAAUGGUAUAGAAUGGAUUGAGAGAGAACAUAUAAUUGGCAAAGUAAAAGGGUUCUUACCUUAUAUUGGAUACGUGACAAUAGCAAUGAACGAUUUCCCUCAACUGAAAUACGCUUUAUUAGGUUGUGUAGGUUUAGUUAUGUUGAUACAACAAGAAAAUUAG